UUUAUUUUUUUCCAAGUUUUUUCCUCUUCUAUUCCAUUCUAUUUACUAUUCAAUGAAUUUAUCAUGGCAUGGCAUGCUUUUGAUACAUUACUAUGUUGACUAAUCCCAACGAACCACUCCUUCUCUCUCUUCUCCUUGCUGUACCCUCUAACACUUAGUUAGGAGACAUUUUGAUACUCAUUCUUCUUUGGUUGGUGUCUCCCUGGCUGUUUCUAACCGAAGCAUAAGUUACAGAUACUGCCGAUUCCCCUCUCUCUUUCUCUCUCUCUCUCUGAGGAUUACUUGCAUAACACUACUACUAAAGCACUCAACUUUCAGCUUCGCAUGCUCAUGUACGUUGGUGCUAGGCCACUAUGUCCCUCUAGCUUCACUUCCAUUACUGAUGCUGUUUCAUCUACUUUCUUCAAUUUUUACACUAUGGUUACUUCAAAACUAUGCAUCCUUUCCAAUUGUAAAGGUUUUUCUGCUUCCUAAGAUUCCAUCAAUAACGCCAACAGGAACUGGCAGAGGCGGCUGAAACAAAAAUUUGAAGCCUGAAAAUUCAGUGAGCGUAUUCCACAUCCGCGAAACUUUGAUUGAACUUCACCUACUCUAUUCUACUUUAAUGGUUGAAGUAACUUCCAAAGGGCUUUCAGUAUUGUAUAUAAAAAUCAAAAUCAAUGAGCUUGGGAGUGGUAGAGCCUUGGCUAAAUAACUAAAACUUGAGUUGGUGCUUCCAUAUUCUGGUGUUUCAUGGUCAUAAAUAAAUCAUGGCUUUGAAGUAAAGGUUUCUGUUGACGAUUUGGUAUACAUAACAACAAAUAAAAAUGAAGUUCAUGAAACUUGGGACAAAGCCAGAUACUUUCUUCACUGAACAAGCUACCAGGACUCUGAUAUCAGAUAUAGCUGCAGACCUUGUAAUACAAAUCAAUGAUAUUACUUAUCUGUUACACAAGUUUCCGCUUCUUCCAAAAUGUGGUCUCCUACAAAGGCUUUGCUAUGAUUCUAGUGAUUCGGAGAGUGUGUCUCUAGAGCUUCAUGAUAUACCUGGAGGGGAAGAUGCUUUUGAACUCUGUGCCAAGUUUUGUUACGGAAUUGCCAUCAACAUAAGUGCUCAUAACUUUGUACCCGCUCUCUGUGCUGCCAAGUUCCUUAGAAUGAAUGACUCCAUAGAGAAGGGAAAUUUUGUGGGAAAACUUGAGGCUUUUUUCAAUUCAUGCAUUCUUGAAGGUUGGAAGGAUUCAAUUGCAACACUUCAGACUACUGCUACAUUACCAGAAUGGUCAGAGAAUCUUGGUAUUGUCAGAAAGUGCAUUGAUUCAAUUAUUGAAAAAAUUCUCACACCCCCACCACAGGUCAAAUGGUCCUACACCUAUACCAGGCCUGGUUAUACCAAAAAACAGCACCAUUCUGUCCCAAAGGAUUGGUGGACGGAGGACGUUUCAGAUCUUGACAUAGAUCUUUUCAGGUGCAUAAUAAUGGCUAUUAGAUCAACAUAUGUGCUCCCUCCACAGCUUAUUGGUGAAGCUUUGCAUGUCUAUGCCUGCCGGUGGCUACCAGGCAUCACGAAGCUUAAAAAUUCUGGCAGUUCAGCAUCUCAAACGGAAGAAUCGAAGGAAAAAAACAGAAAAAUUCUUGAAACAAUUGUAAGCAUGAUUCCUGCAGAUAGAGGGUCUGUUUCAGUUGGGUUCUUGUUUAGACUUCUCAGCAUUUCAAUUUACCUUGGUGUCUCCUCGGUCACAAAAACAGAACUAAUAAGAAGAGCAAGCCUACAGUUUGAGGAGGCAACAGUGAGUGAUUUGCUUUACCCUUCAACAUCCUCUUCUGACCAGAAUUAUUAUGAUAUAGAGUUAGUCCUAGCAGUUUUGGAAACUUUCUUGAAGCUUUGGAAAAGAAUGUCCCCAGGUGCUGUGGAUAACAGCUACUUUUUGAGAUCAAUCAGAAAUGUUGGCAAGCUCAUUGAUUCUUAUCUUCAAGUGGUUGCCAGGGAUGAGAACAUGCAAGUGUCCAAGUUUGUGGCUCUUGCUGAAACUGUGCCCAGUAUUGCCCGAGUAGAGCACGAUGAUCUGUACCAAGCAGUCAACAUUUAUCUUAAGGUGCAUCAGGAGCUGAGCAAGGCAGACAAGAAACGGCUGUGUGGGAUUCUAGACUGCCAAAGACUUUCUCCAGAAGUGCGUGGGCAUGCAGUAAAAAACGAGCUUCUGCCAUUGAGGACAGUAGUGCAACUCCUCUACUUUGAACAAGAAAAAGGGUCUAAGGCAACCACCAGUCACAAACUGCCAAAGCCACAUGAGAUACUUCUUGGAGCAAAACAAAGUAGAACUACAAGAGAUACCCAAAGCAAACAAUCUUUAGGCCAAGCAAAAGAAUUCAAUGGAGAAGAAGUGACAAGAAGCUCCCUUCCUGAAAGUAGAGAAAAGGAUCAUCACAAAAGUAAAAGAUCAGAUGGUAAGUUGGCAUUGGACUUGGAAAAAAAGAUGGUUAUAAGAGGGGACAUUGAGGAGACAAUGUCAGAGAAGGUGAGGGGAACCAAAGAUGAAAGUAGUUCAAGCUGCAAGGUGGACUUAGAUCCUAAAAAACUUAUAAGAAGGGCAAGAAGUAAAUCAGAACAUGGAGUGAAAAAGUCAGAUUGAGAAUUUGAGAUCAUAACCAUAGUAUCAUAAUAAUAAUAAUAAUAAUAAUAAUAAUGAAAAUAAUAGUAAUCUUUGAAGAAUUCCUAGAAGAUCACUGUCUGCAAUUUGUAACUUCAAUUCUUAUUAUUUCUUUUUCACCGUGUCAUAAAUGUAAGCAAUGUAUAAAUCCUUUGUACUAUCUCUUUCCCGUGAAGAGUUGUAUGUAGGGAAAUGAUUUUUUUUUUUACAUCAUUAUUUUGCAUCCCUUUGUUUGAUGAAAAAAACAAUAGAGGAAAUGUGUAUU